AUGCCUAUGGACUUUCACAUCGAUCGCGAAUACCCACAUAGAACGUUCGCCGUCACCGGAUUCCUAUCUGAUAGUGUCGGAAGUGCGCAGUGGUCCGAGUAUAUCGGCGAAAGUCCACGCUCGAUCAUGGCGGUGGGCGUUGCUGAUAGCUCCAAAUCAACUCGUCGGUUUAUUUCCAUCGCUGCGGGCGAAGACUACGAGGCUCUGAAUGCCACUCAAUGCACCAUUGACUUUGUUGCAACAUUGUUUAAUGUGUCAGUUGAUUUGAAAGAUCGUAGCAUCUUGGUUGUUCCUUCAAAAAGCAUCGAAGACUUUGACCCACGACGAUAUUUAACCAGGGCAAUUAUCAGGCAGUUUGAUUCCAUAUCAAAUAGCUUACAGAGUUUUCACGGUUCAGUCCUUGGCGACGUUAUUGUUGGUAUCACUUACGACAGUUAUGUUAUCCCACAUUGCGGCUUGGAAGAACUCCCUUGA